AUGAAGAUCAACGUCUUUGAAAGCUUGCCGGGGGGGGGCAAAGGUGCGCGCAUCGCUUCGGAAUCCCGCCGGGCCAAUCAAACGAUGCAGCGACCGGCGCUGCACUGUACUGCACUGCACUGCGCACCGCACCGCACCGCUGCUGCUGCUGCUGCUGCACACUGCAUGCCCGUACGAGUCAAGGUCGAAAGUCGAGAACGGGGCAAGGCUAAGUUUGAUGUCUCUCAUAAUUGA